AGGUGAUUUAAUGAUUAAAGGUUAACAAUCAACAUUUAAUUUCAAGUAUAAAAGUGGAAACAUUUUCUUAAAGUUAAAUUACUAAUCGUGAUUAGCUGAUUGUUGCUGAUUCCCUUUUACAAUCAACGUUUAACUUUGACAUUGUGUUUACAACUAUCAAGAUGAGGAUAACUUUACUUUUAUUAUUAAUUGUGACAAUUAUUUAUGUCAUCACAAUGGUUAAUGGUCAUCGUCAUCACCAUAAAUGUUGUCACCAUCAUCAUAAACAUCACAGGAAACAUCAUUGUCACAAAUCAGUUCAUCAUCAUCAUUUGCAUGAUGGUCACUCUCAUAAACAUCAUCAUGGUCAUCAUCAUGGUCACCAUCAUGGACAUGAUCAUCAUGGUCAUCAUCAUCACAAUCAUCAUGGUCAUCAACAGCAUGGACAUUGGGGUCAUAUGUUGAGUGUCGAGAUGGGAAAACAAUCUCAUGGCUGGCAGAUUGUUGGUAAACAGCAUUUCAAUGGAAUCAUGAACUUUUAGAAAUUCAAUCAAUCGAAAAAUAAUUAUUCUAAUUACUCUUUUAUUCAAAGUACAAUUUAGUUAAUUGUUUUCGUUAUAAACUCACAUCGGAUUAAUUGUCGACGAAUUGAAAGUUUUUUUUUUCUUUUCAUUUCUUAAUCUCGUUUUUCGCCUUCAUUUAUUUAAUUAAAUCCUUUAUAAAUUCUUAUUCUGUGUAAAUUGUAGAUUGUAAAUAAUUUGUGUAAAAAUU